AUGGGGCGCCGCACACUCCUGGCGCAGCCCGGGCUCUGGACCAGGGACACCAGCUGGGCACUUCUGUUUUUCCUCUGCUACGUCCUCCCCCAGACGGCUCCGCAAGUACUCAGGAUCGGAGGAAUUUUUGAAACUGUGGAAAAUGAACCUGUUAAUGUUGAAGAAUUAGCGUUCAAGUUUGCAGUCACCAGCAUUAACAGAAAUCGAACCCUGAUGCCUAACACCACAUUAACCUAUGACAUUCAGAGAAUUAACCUUUUUGAUAGUUUUGAAGCCUCACGGAGAGCAUGUGACCAGCUGGCGCUUGGUGUGGCUGCUCUCUUCGGCCCUUCCCAUAGCUCCUCUGUCAGUGCUGUGCAGUCUAUUUGCAAUGCUCUCGAAGUUCCACAUAUACAGACUCGCUGGAAACACCCUUCAGUGGACAACAAAGACCUGUUUUACGUCAACCUCUACCCAGAUUAUGCAGCUAUCAGCAGGGCGGUCCUGGAUCUGGUCCUCUACUACAACUGGAAAACAGUGACCGUGGUGUAUGAAGACAGCACAGGUCUCAUUCGUCUGCAAGAGCUCAUCAAAGCUCCCUCCAGAUAUAACAUUAAAAUCAAAAUCCGCCAGCUGCCCUCUGGGAAUAAAGAUGCCAAGCCUUUACUCAAGGAGAUGAAGAAAGGCAAGGAGUUCUAUGUGAUAUUUGAUUGUUCACAUGAAACAGCCGCUGAAAUCCUUAAGCAGAUCCUGUUCAUGGGCAUGAUGACUGAGUACUAUCAUUACUUUUUCACAACCCUGGACUUAUUUGCUUUAGAUCUGGAACUCUAUAGGUACAGUGGUGUAAAUAUGACCGGGUUUCGGCUGCUUAAUAUUGACAAUCCUCACGUGUCAUCCAUCAUUGAGAAGUGGUCCAUGGAGAGACUUCAGGCCCCACCCAGGCCCGAGACUGGCCUUUUGGAUGGCACGAUGACAACUGAAGCGGCUCUGAUGUAUGAUGCUGUGUACGUGGUGGCCAUUGCCUCCCACCGGGCUUCCCAGUUGACUGUCAGCUCCCUACAAUGCCAUCGACACAAGCCAUGGCGCCUUGGACCCAGAUUUAUGAACCUGAUCAAAGAGGCUCAGUGGGAUGGCUUGACUGGGCGUAUCACCUUCAAUAAAACCGAUGGCUUGAGGAAGGAUUUUGAUCUGGACAUUAUUAGUCUCAAAGAGGAAGGAACUGAAAAGGUUGCUGGCGAAGUGUCUAAACACUUAUAUAAAGUGUGGAAGAAGAUUGGGAUUUGGAAUUCCAACAGUGGGCUUAACAUGACAGACGGCAACAAAGACAGGUCCAAUAAUAUCACCGAUUCACUCGCCAACCGAACGCUCAUCGUCACCACAAUUCUGGAAGAACCCUAUGUGAUGUACAGGAAAUCUGAUAAGCCGCUGUAUGGAAAUGACAGAUUUGAAGGAUAUUGCCUGGAUCUAUUGAAGGAAUUGUCAAACAUCCUGGGUUUCAUUUAUGAUGUUAAACUUGUCCCUGAUGGCAAAUAUGGAGCUCAGAAUGACAAAGGAGAGUGGAAUGGAAUGGUCAAAGAACUUAUAGAUCAUAGGGCUGAUCUGGCGGUGGCUCCUCUUACCAUCACUUACGUGCGGGAAAAAGUCAUAGACUUCUCCAAACCCUUCAUGACCCUGGGCAUCAGCAUUCUCUACCGCAAGCCCAAUGGCACCAAUCCAGGGGUCUUCUCCUUCCUCAACCCUCUAUCUCCUGACAUUUGGAUGUAUGUGCUCUUAGCCUGUUUAGGAGUCAGUUGUGUACUCUUUGUGAUCGCAAGGUUUACACCCUACGAGUGGUAUAACCCUCACCCAUGCAAUCCUGACUCAGACGUGGUGGAAAACAAUUUUACUUUACUAAAUAGUUUCUGGUUUGGAGUUGGAGCUCUCAUGCAACAAGGAUCAGAGUUGAUGCCCAAAGCUCUAUCAACCAGAAUAGUUGGAGGGAUAUGGUGGUUUUUCACGCUAAUCAUCAUUUCAUCCUACACUGCCAAUCUGGCUGCCUUCUUGACAGUAGAGAGAAUGGAAUCCCCCAUUGAUUCAGCAGAUGACCUGGCAAAACAAACCAAGAUAGAAUAUGGGGCAGUCAGAGAUGGAUCAACAAUGACCUUCUUCAAGAAAUCGAAGAUAUCCACCUACGAGAAGAUGUGGGCUUUUAUGAGUAGCAGGCAGCAGACUGCCCUGGUCAAAAACAGUGAUGAGGGCAUCCAACGAGUGCUCACCACUGACUAUGCCUUGCUGAUGGAGUCCACCAACAUUGAGUAUGUGAUGCAGAGAAACUGCAACCUCACUCAGAUCGGGGGCCUCAUUGACUCCAAAGGUUAUGGAGUGGGAACACCUAUAGGCUCUCCUUACCGGGAUAAAAUUACUAUUGCUAUUCUUCAAUUACAAGAAGAGGGGAAACUGCAUAUGAUGAAAGAGAAAUGGUGGCGGGGAAAUGGCUGCCCCGAGGAAGACAACAAAGAGGCCAGUGCUCUGGGAGUAGAAAAUAUUGGGGGUAUCUUCAUUGUUCUGGCUGCUGGACUGGUCCUUUCUGUAUUUGUAGCCAUUGGAGAAUUUAUAUACAAAUCACGGAAAAACAACGAUAUUGAGCAGAAAGGAAAGUCAUCAAGAAUUAGAUUUUAUUUUAGGAACAAAGUAAGGUUUCAUGGGAGAAAAAAACAAAGCCUUGGUGUAGAGAAGUGUCUCUCUUUCAAUGCCAUCAUGGAAGAACUGGGAAUCUCACUCAAAAAUCAGAAAAAGUUAAAGAAAAAGUCGAGAACUAAGGGGAAAUCUUCCUUCACAAGUAUCCUUACUUGUCAUCAAAGACGAACUCAGAGAAAAGAGAGUGUGGCGUGA